UCUCCACACUACUCCUUAUUUUGCUUACAUUACAAGAACAAACAAACCCUUUCUCUCUCUCUCUUUCUUUCUCUGUACAAAAAUGAGAGCAAGCAACCACCUGAUCGGACUGGUCAACUUCUUGACCUUCCUUCUCUCGAUCCCAAUCUUAGGAGGAGGAAUCUGGCUGAGCAGCAGAGCCAACAACACAGACUGUCUCAAAUUCCUACAGUGGCCGAUCAUAGUCAUCGGCGCCGCCGUAAUGGUGGUCUCACUCGCCGGAUUCGCCGGCGCGUGUUACCGGAACACUUUCCUGAUGUGGCUUUACCUAUUCGUGAUGUUCUUCGUUGUAGCAGCUUUGCUGUGUUUCAUAAUAUUCGCUUAUGCGGUUACGGAUAAGGGUUCGGGUCGACCCGUUAUAAAUCGGGCUUACUUGGAUUAUUAUUUGGAGGACUACUCGGGUUGGCUGGAACAGCGUGUAGCGGAUAAUAGCUACUGGUUUAAGAUUGCUUCUUGUGUUAGGGAUUCAAAGGCUUGUGGUUCUAAGUUUGGAAGGUUUGUUAAUGGUGUUCCUGAAACUGCUGAUAUGUUUUACAAUCGGAAACUCAAUCCAAUCGAGUCUGGUUGCUGCAAACCCCCAACAGAAUGUGGCUACGGCUACGUGAAUGAGACGAUAUGGACGCCGGGAGGAGGGUUGGCGGGGACUAUUGCCGACUGCACUAGAUGGAGCAACGAUCAAGGUCAGCUUUGCUUUGGUUGCGACUCUUGCAAAGCCGGUGUCCUCGGUAGCAUCAAGAAGAGCUGGAGGAAAGUCUCUGUUAUUAACAUUGUGGUGCUUAUCCUCCUAGUCAUCUUUUAUGUCAUUGGCUGUGCAGCUUUUCGAAACAAUCGAAGGAUCGACAAUGAAGAAUCCACCGGUGAAACUCGGAUGACAAAGGCACAACCUAGUAGGAUUCAUUUUUAAGUUUGUAACUGAACAAGAAUUAUGUACAAGGUUUUGGCAAUCAAUUUAUAGGAGUGGUAUGAUGUAAUGUAAUGAUCAUGUCAAUGAUUUGUAAUCUAAACAGGUUGAGAUGCUUUUAGUUUGUCUUCUUUUUUCAUAACAUUAUAUGUCAUGACAUGAUUUUCCA